AUGGAGCCCUCGGAUAGGCUAGCGUCGGACCAGAAUGUAACGCAGUUCGUUCAGUCGUUCAUUACCAAGGUAGUGCAGGAUAUCGAGGUCGCUUUUAACCCGGCGCAUACUCAAUCUCUCGACGAUGGCGCGUUUGACCUCGCAGUAGCACCCAUCAACUCGGCAGCCACCGACGGAAGCCUAGUCGAAGAUAAGGAUAUGCUAGACGUUAAGUACUGGGACGUGAACAUGCUUGCAGGUUCAGUUACCGACCCAGCCAAGACUUUAGGCGGAGACGGGAAAGUAGUAACCGUGAAAGCCGGCGCGACUGCCGCUAUAGGGCUUCCGCCAGGCGCCGUGGCCACUGUUCCUGUUGGUUCUAGCGCAAAUGGCGCCGGAAAUCCCGUGGGAACCAUGGCGGGAGGCGGAGUGAUCAUUCCUGACGUGGAUCCGGAGAAGGAGGGCGAGUCGGAGGUGAAGAUAACGAACAAGCUGCGGCGCGAUGCGUUCCUGGUGUUCCGCGCGCUGUGCAAGCUGUCUAUGAAGGCUCCCCCGGCGGAGGGGGUGGUGGAUCCGUUCGCUGUGCGCGGCAAGGUGGUCUCGCUGGAGCUGCUGAAAAUCUGCCUUGAGAAUUCUGGCGCUGUCUUUCGCACCAACGAGAGGUUCGUGGGCGCAGUGAAGCAGUACCUGUGCCUGUCGCUGCUCAAGAACUGCACGUCCUCCCUCAUGUCCGUCUUCCAGCUCUCCUGCUCCAUCUUCUUCUCCCUCCUCACGCGCUUCCGCUCCGUCCUCAAGGCCGAAAUCGGCGUCUUCUUCCCCAUGAUCGUGCUGCGCGUGCUGGAGAACGUCGCGCACGCCAACUUCCAGCAGAAGAUGAUCGUGCUGAGGUUCCUGGAGAGGCUCUGCGUGGACCCGCAGAUUCUGGUGGAUAUCUUUGCCAACUAUGACUGCGACGUGGAGUCCACUGUCAGCAUCUUCGAACGGAUGGUGAGCGGGCUGCUCAAGACAGCACAGGGAGUGCCGCCCGGCGCGGACUCAACGCUGAACGCGGCCCAGGACCAGCAGCUGCGCCUGGCCGCCAUCAAGUGCAUGGUGGGGGUGCUGCGCUCCAUGGGCUCCUGGACCAACCGCCAGCUCUGCGUCACCGCAGGCCCCAAGGUCGCCGCGGAAAUCGGCGCUGCUGCUGCAGCGGCAGCCGUGUCGGCAGCAGCAACAGCAGCAGCGGCUGCGGCGGCGGCGGCAGGGGAAGGGGCGGCUCCUGUGGCUGUGCCUGAUCUUCUGUCGGGGGAUCUGCUACCGGAUUUUGUAAAUCCCAGGACUGGGGUGUUGCCUGUUGCGAAGUCAGAGGAGGCUUUGGAGGAGGAGGCGCUUGGGGGGAUGCCUGCGGCUGGGGUGAGCAGUGGAAAUGAGAUUUCAGAGGCUUCGAUUCUGGAGCAGAGGCGGGCUUAUAAGCUGGAGCUGCAGGAGGGGAUAAACCUGUUCAACAAGAAGCCGAAAAAGGGGAUAGAUUUUCUGAUCAAGGCGAAGAAACUGGGCGAGGGUGCGGAGGAGAUUGUUGCGUUCCUGCGCAAAACAGAGGGGCUGGAUAAGACGAUGAUUGGAGAUUUCCUAGGGGACAGGGACGACAUGAGCAUCAAGAUCAUGCAUGCCUACAUGGACUCAUACAACCUCUCUGGAAUGGACUUUGACGAGGCCAUUCGAGCAGUGCUGCUGGGGUUCAGGCUGCCAGGCGAAGCGCAGAAGAUUGAUCGCAUCAUGGAGAAGUUUGCUGAGCGCUACUGCCGCUGCAACCCCAAGGCGUUCACCAGCGCCGAUACUGCCUACGUGCUCGCUUACUCUGUGAUUAUGCUCAACACGGAUGCGCAUAACCCUGGCGUCAAGACCAAGAUGAGUAAAGCCGACUUCCUGAAGAACAACCGUGGAAUCGACGACGGGAAGGACAUACCAGAGGAGUUUCUGGGCGGGCUGUACGACCGCAUCACACGGAACGAGAUCAAGAUGAAGCCGGAGAUCCUGGGGCCAGGGGGAGUGGUGUCAAAGGCUGCAGUGAGCAGCGCAGCGGGCAACGCGCUGCUGGGGCUGGAGAGCAUUCUGAACCUCAUGUCGGGACGCACACGGGCAACUACAGAGCUGGAGACGAGUGACGAGGUGGUGAAGCACAUGCAGGAGCAGUUCCGUGCCAAGGCGGGCAAGUCAGGUAAGAGGGGGGAAUCAGGUCAGGGCAAGUGGUGCUCAAAGGCUGCAGCAGUGAGCAGCGCAGCGGGCAACGCGCUGCUGGGGCUGGAGAGCAUUCUGAACCUCAUGUCGGGACGCACGAGAGCCACCACGGAGCUGGAGACGAGUGAUGAGGUGGUGAAGCACAUGCAGGAGCAGUUCCGUGCCAAGGCUGGCAAGUCAGGCCCCCGACAAGCAUCCCUCCUGCUUCGUUGUGCCCUCCCUUAUCUAGAAUUUUCCAGAUCGGUGUUCUAUGCUGCCUCAGACGUGCAGAUCAUCCGCCCCAUGGUCGACGUGGUGUCGGUGUUUUACGCUGCCUCAGACGUGCAGAUCAUCCGCCCCAUGGUCGACGUGGUGUCGGUGUUUUACGCCGCCUCAGACGUGCAGAUCAUCCGCCCCAUGGUCGACGUGGUGUGGGCGCCCAUGCUAGCCGCGUUCUCCGUGCCCCUGGAGACCACGGAGGAGGAUGCUGUCACGGAGCAGUGCCUGGAGGGGUUCCGAUACGCCGUGCACGUCACUGCUGUGAUCGGCAUGCACGGAUGCUAUGGGGCAUGUGAGGGGGAAUGUGAGGGAAGGGAUGCUAUGGGGCAUGGGGAAUGUGAGGGAAGGGAUGCUAUGGGGCAUGUGAGGGGGAAUGUGAGGGAAGGGAUGCUAUGGGGCAUGGGGAAUGGGGAAUGUGAGGGAAGGGAUGCUAUGGGGCAUGUGAGGGGGAAUGUGAGGGAAGGGAUGCUAUGGGGCAUGGGGAAUGUGAGGGAAGGGAUGCUAUGGGGCAUGUGGCACGGGCAUGCGGUGACGAGUGAGGAGGCUGCGACAGAGCAGCUGGGCCAUGUGAGGGGCAUUGGACUUGUGGGGAUGCAACGCGAUGCGUUUGUGACGUCGCUGGCCAAGUUCACGUCGCUGCACUCCGCAGCAGACAUCAAGCAGAAGAACGUGGACGCCAUCAAGUUCACGUCGCUGCACUCCGCAGCAGACAUCAAGCAGAAGAACGUGGACGCCAUCAAGUCUCUCCUGCUGGUAGCAGAGGACGAUGGCAACUACCUGCAGGACGCAUGGGAGCACGUGUUAACCUGCGUCUCACGCUACGAGCACCUCCACCUCAUCGGCGAGGGCGCCCCCACCGACUCCCACUUCUUCUCCGCCGCGCCGCAGCUCCCCACUCUCUCAAACACCACCCUCCCCCAACCUUCGCCCUCUCAUCCCUUCCACUGUCCAGAGGACGAUGGGAACUACCUGCAGGACGCGUGGGAGCACGUUUUAACCUGCGUCUCACGCUACGAGCACCUCCACCUCAUCGGCGAGGGCGCCCCCACCGACUCCCACUUCUUCUCCGCCGCGCCGCAGCUUCCCCCGCUCACCCAGCAGCAGCGCCCGCAGCCGCUGGACCCCCAGGGGAAGAGGGGCGGGGGGAGGGGGGUGGCGGCGUCGGUGUAUGGGGGCGGAGAGGGGCGGGGGAUGGUUGGGGGUGGGCAGAGGGAUGCUGGGACGCCGCGGGGGAGUGCAGGGGAUGCUGGGACGCCCAGGGGGCAGGCGAAGAGGUUUGGCGAGGGAGGCGAGGCUCCUGCCUGGAAGAAUGUAACUGGGAAGCUGAACCAGGUGGAGAAGCUAGUGAGGCGAGGGUCAUACGACCCACAGGGGAUGAUCGCCGGAGGACCCACAGGGGUGGGUGUGGGCGUGUCCCUCUCGCACCUCUCCCCCGACCAGGUGCAGCUGCUGGUGGCUAACCUGGGUCUGCUGGAGCAGGUGGGAUCGGACGAGGUAUCGCGUCUCUUCUCCCGCAGCGAGCGCCUCAACGGGCAGGCGAUAGUGGAGUUCGUGAAAGCCCUCUGCAAGGUGUCUCUGGAGGAGCUGCGCUCGCCCACGGAGCCCAGAGUCUUCUCUCUGACCAAGAUCGUCGAAAUUGCCCACUUCAACAUGAGCCGCAUUCGGCUCGUCUGGUCGCGAAUCUGGGCCGUGCUGGCAGACUACUUCGUGACGGUGGGAUGCAUGCCGAACCUCUCAGUGGCCAUGUAUGCCAUCGACAGCCUGCGCCAGCUGGCCAUGAAGUUCUUGGAGCGCGAGGAGCUGAGCAACUACAACUUCCAGAACGAGUUCCUCAAGCCGUUUGUGGUUGUGAUGAGGCGCACUGCGAGCGUGGAGAUCCGGGAGCUGAUUAUUCGCUGUGUGUCGCAGAUGGUGUUUGCGCGCGUGGGGAACGUCAAGUCCGGCUGGAAAAUCAUGUUCAUGGUGUUCACCACAGCAGCAACCGACGACAACAAGAACAUCGUCCUUCUCGCCUUCGAGACAAUCGAGAAGGUCGUGCGGGAGUACUUCCCCUACAUCACCGAAACCGAGACCACCACCUUCACCGACUGCGUCAACUGCCUCAUCGCCUUCACCAACUCGCGCUUCAAUAAAGACGUCUCCCUUAACGCCAUAGCCUUCCUGCGCUUCUGCGCGCUAAAACUUGCCGAGGGGGACCUGGGAGCGACGGCACUGGAGAGGGAGAAAGGGCUGAGCCCCACUAAGGUGUCGCACCUGCCGGGGCACCCGGAUGGGGAGGAGUUUACUGAUAAGGACGACCACCUCUACUUCUGGUUCCCGCUUCUCGCUGGUCUGUCGGAGCUCACGUUUGAUCCCCGGCCCGACAUCAGAAAGAGCGCAUUAGAGGUCCUCUUUGACACCCUCCGCUUCCACGGCCACAUGUUCUCCGCCGCCCUCUGGGAGCGCGUCUUCGAGUCUGUCCUCUUCCCCAUCUUUGAUUAUGUUCGCCGCGCCUCCGAACCCCAGCACGGCGAGCAUGGCGGGGUGAUGCUAGGAGCCAAGAGAGUCGGCGGCGGGGGAGGAGGAGGGGAAGGAGGAGGUAAAGGAGGGAAGGGAGAAGUGGGAGGGGUGCCGGGAGGAGGGAGAGGGGGAGAGGGGGCAGGAGGAGGAGUUGAUGUGCCGAUUCACAAGCAUUCGCACCAUAAGGGCGCGCCGCUCUCCCGCCACCCGUCCACGUCAGAAGACGAGCGGCUCCGGGUGGCAAGAAGCGGCAGUCCUGAUCCCGUAUCUGAGCUGGAAAUGGAUGCAUGGCUGUAUGAAACCUGUACUCUAGCGCUUCAGCUAGUAGUCGAUCUCUUUGUGAAGUUUUACAGUAAAGUGAGUCCGCUUCUAGGGAAGAUUCUCGCGCUGCUGACGUCGUUCAUUCGCCGGCCGCACCAGAGCCUAGCGGCGAUUGGCGUGGCGGCAUUUGUGCGGCUUAUGAGCAACGCGGGAGGCCUGUUUUCUGAGGAGAAGUGGGAUGAGGUGCUGACAGCGCUUAAGGAAACGACAGGGACGACCCUUCCUGACCUGGCUGGGGUGGUGAAAGCUGCAGAUCUGGAGGACGAGGAGGAGAGGGAGUUGGAGCGGCAGCAGCAGAUUAAGGAGGCCAGGAGGUUCGAUUUCACGCGGGAUGAGGAUGAAGAGGAGCAGAGGCAGCAGCAUCAGCAGCUGGCUGCUGCGGUUGCUGAGGCGGUCGGUGCUGCUGCUGGGGGUGGUGGCGUGGACGGGGGAGAGGAGGAGGGAGUGGAAGUCAAGAGGCCCAUGACGUUGGCAGAAGCUGUGGCGGAUGUGCGGUGCAAGAUUGCAGUGCAGCUGCUGCUGGUGCAGGCAAUGACGGAGAUAUUCAGCAUGCACGGAGCGGCCCUCUCCGCCCCGCACACCCUCAUUCUCCUCGACUCGCUCCACCGAGUCGGCACGCACGCCCACGCCAUCAACUCCGAUCGCCUGCUGCGCUCGCGCCUACAAGCCCUCCACCUGGCGACUCAGAUGCCCGACCCGCCACUGCUGAGGUUAGAGAGUGAGGCGCUGCAUGCGUACCUCAGCCUGCUGCAGCGCCUGCCCCGAGAGAAGGCUCAACUCGCUAAGGAGGUGGAUGUGGAGCUCCGGCUGGUGAUCCUCUGUGAAGAGGUUUUACGGGUAUAUGUGGGAACGUCUCAAGGCAAGCUCGCACUCAUGACUGAAGACCCAAGAGGAGCAGACGCCCCGCCCCUCCCUCCCAUUCCUCUCGCCGUACCUCUCGGCUCGGCUCGGCGCCGGGAGCUGGUGGCUCGGGCGCCGCUGGUGGUGGCCACACUGCAGGCGGUUACGGCAUUGAAGGAUGCAGCGUUUAAGAAGCAUCUGGCGAGGUUCUUCCCGUUGCUGGCGGAUUUAGUGAGCAGCGAGCAUGGGUCGCCGGAGAUUCAGGUUGCUUUGAGCAAGAUGUUUUCGUCAAGGAUUGGCCCUAUAGUUUUCUCUGUAGCAGAGUGA